GCGACAAAUGACGACGCAUGCAAACAAUUUCCACAAAGAAAAUGUCCCCUCAGAGUACAAUAUACUUUAGUAGCGAUUCUAUAAAGUAGUCUUUCCCAUCCAGACGUUUUACUGCAUGAUUCUGUAAGGUGAAACCCCAGACAAGAUAUUCGAUGGGUCGGUGUCCCCCGCUCUUCAGAAUAGACUCGUCCAGUUCUCAUCGCCGGAAUCGAUAGUUAUAAAGAAGCUUGAAUAUUGCAGCUCUGUUUCGGCACCGGCUGACGUGACAUCACGAGUCUUCAGUGGGAGAAAUAAUGGAGGAACAGCUGAAAGAUCCUAUUAAUAAAGUGUCUCUGAUCCAAGAUGAGCUGAGCAGGAGCACUGUGGAGGCCAGUGAGUAUGAGAAGGUCAUCCAGCGGUUGAACCAUGAACUGCAGGAGGCCAAUGAACAGGCCAGUUCGGGCAAACACAAGUGUAUUGAACUCCAAGGUCUAUUGGAGGAGGAGAAAAGAGGUAAUAAGCAGCAGGCCGAGGAGUCAGCAAAACAGAUGAAGGUCUUACAGACUCAGCUCCAGAAGCUGCAGGAAGAUAUGGAGAAUCUCAGGGAUCAGAAGGACAGCACAAUCUUCAGCUUGCGUCAGGAAGCACACGCAGCUGAGGAGGACCUGCAGGUGUUGCGCCGCACUAUGGAGAAAACGGCAGCCGAGCGAGAGCAUGAGGUUAGCGCGCUGAAGGGGAACUUGGCGACGCUAACUUCCGAGCUGGAGAAAUGGCAGUUGGCUGCAAACAAGUACGAGCGUGAGCUUGACAGUGUACAGGCCAGUCACCAGCAGCAGAACCAGCAGAGAGACAGAGCGGCCAAACAGCAAGCAAGCGAGCUGGAGCGGCUGCAGAAGGACUGUGAGAGUCUGAGGAGGGACUGUGCGUCUCUGAGGUCAGAGAGAGAGCAGCUGGUUGAUAAACAGCAGAAAGAGAAGAUCAGCCUGCAGAGUGAGAGCAGCACCCUGCGCUCAGAGAAGGAACAGCUACUGAAGAAACAACAGCAGCUGGAGAAAGAGCUGGACAGCUCCAAGAAACAGAACACAAGCCUGAGCAACACGGUCAAGACCCUGGAGAAGACGCAGGUAGACCUGGAAAAACGACUGAGCGUCCUGCAGGAGGAACACCAGAGAGCCACCAGCCAGCUGGAGCAAAGCAAUAGCAGGAUCAAAGAACUGCAGAAAGAGUAUGAGGAGAUCCAGACAGAGCUGUCAGGCCUCAGGGAGAAGUAUGAGAAUGCAGAGGAGGAGAAACGCUCCUUCAGUCUGGAGCUGCAGCAGAGCAAAGAGCGUCUGAGUCUUCUGCAGGACAAAGAAAACAACGGAAAAUGGAUCCGGUGGAUGCCCGUCGCUGCUGUGACCAUUGCCGUAACGGGGUAUUUGCUUUCAAAGACCUCAAAAUAAACAACGUGAUGAACCAGUAACAAGCACACGCACCAUGACAUGCAUACCUAGUAAAUGUUUCUCAGACUUGUGACAUUUUGUAUCCUUUUAGUCUGUGUGGUGUUAGUUUGAGUAACGAGUGUUUAAAUGCAACUUCUUACUUGAGUAUUGAAGGCCUUAGAAUAAUAAUGUCACAACAUUCCCUCAUUUGCACCAUAUGUAAUAGAUUUUUUUUAAAUGAGAGUUUCUGUAUGCAUUGCGUUGUGAAGUAUCUGACCCAUAACAGGUAUUUUAUUGAACACUGUUGCUUUGCUAAACAAAAAAUUAGUGAGUUGCCUUAUAUAACAUAACUUUAGAAAAACAAAUGUUAAUGCAUCCCUAAACGAGUACUUUCAUGAAAACUGAUUCAGAACUGCAAAGCCCACUGUAAUAACCAUAUAAGUUCUUUAAGUUUUAACUUGAUCAUAUGUUUUGCGGCUUAAAGGCCUAAAUCUGCUAGCAAUGUUGUAUGUCUUUGCACCUUAUAUGAAGCCAUUAGUGAUUAGUCUAUGCACUGUACUUUAUUGUGAUAAGGAUUUGCCAUAUUAAUGACGAUGAUGAAGAUGAUCACUAUUAACCUUGGACAUUAGAGUGCUAAUGUGUCCGAAAGAGACCUAUAAUAGAGUGUUUAUGAUAUAUUAUGUUUAUUACUUGUACAGAGAUUUAAGGAAAAACUACCUGAUCUAACAAACAUGAUAAUAGCAAUAAAUAAGCAAACGUGAAGUUCAACCCUA